AGGUCGACUUGAGAAUCUGGGAGGUUUCAGGCGGGUUAGGACUGUCUGGAGCGGAGUGGAGCUGUCGCCUCGAGACGGGGAGUUGAAGGGGGAAGCUUGGGUUCCGAAUUGGCGCAGGCGGUUCUCACGCGUUCCUUCCUGCCUUUGUGCCCGCUGCCAUGUGGGCUGCCCUGAGGUUGGCCCUGAGGCCGUGCGCCCGCGCUCCUGGCUCCACGCUGCGCGCCUAUCAUGGGGCUUCCGUGGUCGCACUGGGCACUCAGCCGGACUCUAGCUCUGCCAUCUACCAGGAAAACUACAAACAGAUGAAAGCACUAGUUGAUCAACUCUAUGAGCGAGCACAGAAAAUAAGACUAGGAGGUGAUGAGAAAGCCCGUGCACGUCACGUUUCAAGAGGAAAACUGUUAGCCAGAGAAAGAGUGGACGGUCUUAUCGACCCAGGGUCUCCAUUCUUGGAAUUAUCCCAGUUUGCAGGUUACCAGUUGUAUGGAGAUGAGGAGGUCCCCGCAGGUGGCAUCAUUACAGGCAUUGGGAGAGUGUCGGGAGUAGAAUGCAUGAUUGUUGCCAAUGAUGCCACCAUCAAAGGAGGCACCUACUACCCAGUGACCGUGAAAAAACACUUACGGGCACAGGAAAUCGCGAUGCAGAACAGGCUUCCCUGCAUUUACUUGGUUGACUCAGGAGGGGCAAACUUACCUCGACAAGCAGAGAUAUUUGCAGAUCGAGAUCACUUUGGCCGCGCAUUCUAUAAUCAGGCAAUUAUGUCUUCUGAAGGUAUUGUACAGAUAGCAGUGGUCAUGGGCUUCUGUACAGCUGGAGGAGCAUACCUGCCUGCCAUGGCUGAUGAAAACAUCAUCGUACGCAAGCAGGGUACCAUUUUCUUGGGAGGACCUCCUUUGGUUAAAGCAGCCACUGGAGAAGAGGUGUCAGCGGAGGACCUUGGAGGUGCUGAUCUUCACUGCAGGAAGUCCGGAGUAAGUGACUACUACGCUUUGGAUGAUAAUCACGCCCUUCACUUGGUUAGGACGAUUGUGAGGAAUCUAAAUUAUCAGAAGAAAUUGGAUGUUACCAUUGAACCUUCUGAAGAUCCUUUAUUUCCUGCCGAUGAAUUGUAUGGAAUCGUUGGUGCCAACCUUAAGAGGAACUUUGAUGUCCGAGAGGUCAUCGCUAGAAUCGUGGAUGGAAGCAAAUUCAGUGAAUUCAAGGCCUUAUAUGGAGACACUUUAGUUACAGGAUUUGCUAGACUAUAUGGAUACCCAAUAGGGAUCAUAGGAAACAAUGGAGUCCUCUUUUCUGAAUCUGCAAAAAAGGGGGCUCAUUUUGUCCAGUUAUGCUGCCAAAGGAAUAUCCCUCUGCUGUUCCUUCAAAACAUUACUGGAUUCAUGGUUGGUAGAGAAUACGAAGCCGAAGGAAUUGCCAAGGAUGGAGCCAAGAUGGUGACUGCAGUGGCCUGUGCCAACGUGCCAAAGAUAACUGUCAUCAUUGGGGGAUCAUAUGGGGCUGGAAACUAUGGGAUGUGUGGCAGAGCCUAUAGCCCAAGAUUUCUCUACAUGUGGCCAAAUGCUCGCAUCUCAGUGAUGGGAGGAGAGCAGGCGGCUAAUGUGCUGGCCACAGUAGCAAGGGACCAAAGAGCACGGGAAGGGAAACAGUUCUCCAGUGCCGACGAAGCAGCUUUAAAAGAGCCCAUCAUGAAGAGGUUUGAUGAGGAAGGCAGCCCUUACUAUUCCAGUGCAAGGCUGUGGGAUGAUGGGAUUAUUGAUCCAGCGGACACUAGGCUGGUCCUGGGUCUCAGUCUUAGCGCAGCCCUCAACGCACCAAUCCAGAAGUCGAACUUUGGCAUCUGGAGGAUGUAAUUGGGUUAUAAAGCAUCUUCCAUUGGACACCAAACUUAAUAAAUCAGUCGCCUUAAAAUUUUAGACUUUUUCAACAUGUGGCUAUUACAGUAAACUGUUUUCUUAACAAGAAACGCUGUACUUUUAUACCUAAAAAAAAAAAUCAGUUGAAGCUCAAAUCCUUGUAAAAUCUCUCAGAGAAUGUUUUCUGUGGCUUAGCUUUCCGUCCUCCUAAAAGGAUGGAAAACUUACAGUUGUCCUUUCUAAGCCCUAAGUAGUAUGAAAAGUUCUGUAAUCUGUAAAUUCCAGGUAUUGUUGAGAUUAUUAACAUAAAACUGUAUUUCCACCGAA